GCUCUCAGGGAGGCCAGCCGCAGAGUGGUAAAGAUCCUGCCCCUGCAAGGCAAUAAGUCAAGUCCAGGACUGGGAUGGAUACUGAUCUACUGUGAGACUCUCUCCUGGGAAUAUUAUGCAGCUCUGAGAAAUGAAGUUUCGCAACCAGUAUGACAAUGAUGUCACUGUUUGGAGCCCUCAGGGCAGGAUUCAUCAAAUUGAAUAUGCCAUGGAAGCUGUCAAACAAGGUUCAGCCACAGUUGGUCUGAAAUCAAAAACCCAUGCAGUACUGGUUGCAUUGAAGAGAGCACAGUCAGAGCUUGCAGCUCAUCAGAAAAAAAUUCUCCAUGUCGACAACCAUAUUGGUAUUUCAAUUGCGGGACUGACUGCUGAUGCUAGACUGCUAUGUAAUUUUAUGCGCCAGGAGUGUUUGGAUUCCAGAUUUGUAUUUGAGCCUCUUCCUCUGUCUCGUCUUGUAUCUCUAAUUGGAAGCAAGACCCAGAUACCAACACAAAGAUAUGGCCGAAGACCAUAUGGUGUUGGACUGCUUAUUGCUGGUUAUGAUGAUAUGGGCCCUCAUAUUUUCCAAACCUGUCCAUCAGCUAACUAUUUUGACUGCAGAGCUAUGUCCAUUGGAGCCCGUUCUCAAUCAGCUCGUACUUACUUGGAGAGACAUAUGUCUGAGUUUAUGGAGUGCAAUUUGAAUGAACUGGUUAAGCAUGGUCUGCGUGCUUUAAGAGAGACACUUCCUGCAGAACAAGAUCUAACUACAAAGAAUGUUUCCAUUGGAAUUGUUGGUAAAGACUUGGAGUUUACGAUUUAUGAUGAUGAUGAUGUGUCUCCAUUCCUGGAAGGCCUUGAAGAAAGGCCACAGAGAAAGGCACAGCCUGCUCAACCUGCUGAUGAACCUGCAGAAAAGGCUAAUAAACCAAUGGAGCAUUAAGUGAUAAUCCCCCAGUCCAUAUGUGUAUUAGCAAAUGCGUAAGAAUGCAGGAACAUGUACUGAUGACAAUAUUCUAUACUUUGAACCAAAUGGUAUGUUUUAGGAAUCAGUCCAGAUGUGAGGUUUCAAAUUGCAAGCAGCUUCACUGAAACCAUAUAAUGGGAUGCAUUUUUUUUUUUUUUUUGGAGAGGGUC